AUGCCCUGCAGCGAAGUCUUUGACCGCAUUGCAGCUGUCUUUCCGGCGUCGCGCUAUCUUGUUGAUCUCGCGACGCCUCUUGAUGGCCUCUUUCUUCAAGACGCGCUGGGAAGAGUCUGGGAGGCCUUGCCCGAUGACCUCAGUACUCUCCAGUGGCUGACUGUGCGCAUCGAUCGGGCGGCCUUUCCAGGGGCCCCACAGCUCACGCCAAUUUCGGCACACUCCCAGUGGACGGGCACGACAUCCACUACUACUGCCAUGCAGCCGGCGCUGUCUUCCGGCACACAUGUCUCCUUUGUCCUCGCGGGGGAAGGUACUCUCAUCCGCCUAGCCCCCCAGCCUGUUCAGCAAGUCAAUGUGGAGCACUCCAUCGCCGAGAUGUUGCUCAUCAUGGCCCGGCAAGGGCGCAUGCCAAGGAACCCCAUGAUCUCCUUGUGCACUGCAAUGCCCCGCAAUCCUGAGCGCCCCAAUGAGCUGCUGGUAGGAUUCAUGAUCUAUCCCAGCGCCACUGAGGCUACUGACGUGGCCAUUCUGCAAGACUUCUCCACGGAUGGGACCAUGCUCCAGGCCAUCACUGUUGACAGCGGCACUCGGUUGGAGCACAUGAUAGGGAGUGCACAAGCCCGUCGAGGCUUCACUCCGGUUCUCAAUGGGGUACCUCGAGCCGCGGCCAACCGCAAUCUUGUCACCGGGGAUUUGGUCCAGGUUCAGCUCCCGCCUCUCACAGCCAGGGUCGUUACGGUGGCCCAUAUGUACUUCCUGCUACCGGAGCUUCGACUUUUUGCGAUGCCGCUAAGUAUGCCCUCCAUGGCCCCAGUGACCAGGAAUCCUUUGGACCCCGGUGCCAUUGAAAGGGGCCGUGAAGCAGCGAGGCGCACUUUGCAUCUUCGAUCGCUUGAGCGCCGGGUGGAGGUUGGCGAGCCAGGGCACGACAACAGGCCUUUACUUGUGAUGGGGCCCACGCAUCCACCCUACCUGUUGUUCAUGCCGGUCCCUUUGGAACCCAGCCUACGUGAAGUUUUGCUCUUCUUGUCUUUCUCGGGCUUUUUCGAUCCAGGGACGAGCUUUGCGGAGACACGGGCUUUUUCGCAUGGGGUCGAAAUUUUCGUGUCGAUCCCUCCCCGCAGCACCCGGGCCACAGUCCUGUUAACGGCCCCGGACAGCACGCUCACGUUCCUCCAAUUGAACAUGCCGGUAGGAAUGCCGUUGCAGAACCUUGGGUUACCUGUUAGGCGAGGUUUCGAGCUCGUUCUGCCGGCUCAGGCUGCACACGGGGCCAUCAUUUGGGACAAUGGCCGCCGAAGGCCCAGCUCCAGUGCAUCCAUGGGCACCGAAGGUACUUCCUUGGCUCAACUUCCUGAUGUGGCCCUCAAGCAAGCGGCUCGAUGCAAGCAGCUUCGUGACAUCCACGAGGACCUCCGCCACUGCCCUUGCGUGGAGGGCGCGCUGCAAUGCCCUCAGGAUCCGCCGCCGGACGACAGCACCCCUGCAGCGCGUCGUCUCCAGGAGGAUUCUCAGAAGCCGGACCUGCAGCCACCAAAGGUGGGACUUCCCCAGCUCCACACAGUGACCAUACCCACCCCGUUCGGCCGGAGGCGUCUCUGUGCUGAGGAUGCCGCACCAAUUGCAAAGACGGAUCCACCCGGAGGCAGCAACACCCUGACUGUUCAGGGCCCUCCGGAUGCUCUGUGCCAGCCCCGGCCACACACCGCCCAAAGCCCACCAAGGGCUUCACAAUCCGCUACCCCCGUCGAGAGCGUGCACAUCAGUCUUGCAAAUCACAUUCCCCCGUCCCCACCAGCCAUUACCUGGGGGGUCAACCGUGACAUUCUGCUGCAUUGCCUCGAGGACCACGGUUUGACCCAAUUUGCAAUGCAGCCAGAGGCCUACCCACAGAUCGAUGCCUCUCUUCUAAGCCUCUGGCAACGCCUUCCCGCCUGGCGACCAGAGUCGCCUUGUGAUGAACUGUUCGUUUUCACGGAUGGCUCAUACUUUGAUGAGGCGCCACGGGCCACGUGGGCAGUUGUCAUUGUUGCACUCCAGGACGGCAACAUUGUGCGGGUCGGAGCCCGGGCCGGCGCGGCCCAAGGACCUGCACACCAUGGCCCAAAGCAUGCCAGGCUGCCAUCUGCCUUUGACGGCGAAAUCGAAGCUAUUUUGCACGCCUUUGCUGUCAUUGCUAGUGUGCCAUGCCGGGCUGCGCACGUCGGCGCCGACUGUGAAGCCGCCCUGACUGUCGCACAAGGGCUUGCGGCCACUGCUGAAUGGGAUCUCACUGCUCGAGCCACUGUCAGCGUGCGGGCCCUGAUAGCCAUGCAAAGCAAAGGCCUUUUUCUCCACAAGGUGCUCGCUCAUGCAGGUUGCGCGCUCAACGGUCUCGCCGAUGCCCUGGCCAAAGCUGUCGGCAAAAACCCCUCCCUCGAAGCGCAUGGCACAUUUCAGCCGUUAUGGAUGGCCAUUACUGAAGGGGUCGUUGAUCAUCUUUGGCUUGUGCCGAGACACCCCCUCACGGCUAGCAGCCUGCCGCCACUAAACGAUGCGGGGACCUGGGACCGCGCCUACUGCUCUGUUGUGGCGUCAGACGACCUCCAGAGACCCUUCUGCAUGCCUGCGCCCGACCUCGAAGUUAAGCCAGUGCUCUUGGACCUGAAGGUCCUUCAGUACAAUGUGCUCUCCCUGAAGGCCCCCGGAGCUGCGGAACUGCUUGCGAAGGGCCUCCGCAAGCACGCCGUCGACAUCGCCGGCAUCCAGGAAACCCGACAGCGGCAAACGGGCAUUACCACAGUCGACGAUUACUGGGUCCUGCAUGCACCCUGCACCGACCAAGGCGUUGGAGGCGCUCAAAUAUGGGUGAGACACAACCCCCGUUGGGAUCGUCAAGCUUUCACUAUCGUCCACCAAGAGCCGCAGAUACUAGUUGUCCUCGGCUCUUUUGACGGGGUGAAAAUGCUGCUUGUGUCUGCCCAUGCCCCACCAGCUCCCACAGCUGCUGAUGUGAUACAAGAUUGGUGGGGCCACCUUGCCACCACCCUCCAUCGCACCCCCGCCACUUGUGUCCCGUUGCUUUUCCUCGAUGCAAAUGCGACCUUUAGCCGGCAGCCUCUUGUUCCAAGCACGCUUCUUUGCUCGCCACUCUGCAACAAUGCGGUAUGCCUACAGCAAUUUGCAACGGCCCGGGCGCUUGGUCUAAGCCCACAGUUCUUGGCCAAUGGCGCUCCGCUGCACUCUUGGGUUAGCCCACAAGGCCAUCGCAAACUCAUCGAUUAUAUUGCGAUGCCUGCUGACUGGGAAUGCACUUGCACGGUGCAGGAUACCCCACGGCUUGGGGACCUGUAUGAGGAUAUCGACCAUCAGCCAGUCUUGCUACGGUUGGAAGCCACGGUAGAUGCGACGCCUGUGCAGCAUCGCAACCGUAUUGAUUGUCGCUUUUGGACCUUACCUGCGAGCCAACAGGUUGCCUCAACGGUGGCCCAUCUCAGCCCACCUGUGCCAUGGACCACUCGGACCACCGCGCAUGUGGAUAUCCUGCAACAGCAUCUCUACCAUGGUGUGAUGUCGUGUGUGCCGGCGAUGCCGCCCAAGCCACGUAACCCUGCCCUGACACCUGAGACUCUGGUCAAGGUUCGGCUGCAACGGCACCUGCGACGCUGUACGAGACACGCACAGCAGACCUCACGCCGGGCAUUCCUGCACAUGUGCCUCAGAGCCUGGGCGCAACAGGGCAGGCCAGCCUUUGCAAUCAUCCGAUCCGAGGAGGGAGCCCGGAUACGUGCGGCAGCCAGAUGGGCGCGCCAGUAUCGCCAGGGCAAGGAGCUCCGCCGCGCGAUGUGGACCGACAAGGCAGAGUUUACUCGCCGGGCCAUCGUCCAGGCCAGAGCCGAGGGAUCCGCCCAGUUUUCCCAUCGCCUGCGGGCAAUCCUCCGUACGGGACGACGAUAUCGGGCCCCCGCACUCCUCCCAUGUCUGAAGGAUGAACCGGGUUGUCCGAUGGACAAAGACCAAGUGUCAGAUAGUUUCGGGAGGUUUUUCGCCGCGGCCGAGAGGGCCGAGGACUGGCCGGCCAAGGAGUCAGCGAACCUGCUGCGUGCCAACCGCUGCAAGGAAGUGACCUCCCCAGCCUGGCAGGGCUUGCAUCCGGUUUCGCGAGCCUUCGGACUGGACGAGCUGCUGGCCCUCUUGUACUACCCAGUUGCCUGCAAGCUCUUCCUUCGUGACCCAUCACCCUUCCAAUGGAAGGGUGGGCUUGCCACUUGUGUUCCCAAACCUGGCAAGCCCUGCACACAGCACAAAGGUUACAGAGCCAUUAUGCUCCUGGAAGGUGACAACAAAGCCCUGCAAAAGAGCAUGCGCCCAUCCCUGCUCAAGGCGAUGACCCAUUUAAGCGUCCCGGACCAGAUGGGAGGACGGCCAGGAUAUGCUCUGACGCAACCGUCUGCCUGUGUCAAGGCUCACCUCCAUCGGCUCCGACGGACCCGCCAAAGCGGAGCGGUUAUCUUCAUCGACGCCGCUGCCGCCUACUACUCGAUUGCCAAGGAUCUCUUGUCCCUUACACCUGCCCAAAGGUGCGACCGUACAUUCCUUGAGCAACGUGCCACCCGCCUUUUCCAGUUUGAUGACCUCCGGCAGCAGUUUGUGCAACGCAUGCUCGACAGCAAUGCUGAGCUCGACGAGGCUAUGUCGCCUGCUUUACGCACAUACCUGCAGCGCCAGCUGGAUCAGACCUGGUACGUGCCCAGGCAUAACUCCCCCACGGCAUAUGUUGCCGGCAGUGGAACCGCACCUGGGUCUCCACUUGCUGACGUCAUGUUCUCUCUGGUUUUCGGUGAUCUGCUCCGGCAGACACAGGCAUAUCUCAGAGAACGCGUGUGGCAUUCACGGCUCACUGUACAAGCCGCCGAUACGCCUGGCUAUACACCUACAUGGGCAGAUGAUGUCUGCAUUCUGGUCGAAGUUGGGCCGGCUGAGUUCGUCCCGGCGGCAACAGCCGACACCCUAGCCUUCUUCCUUGAUCGCAUGCAUGAGGCGGGACUCCAGGCUAACAUGGGCCUCGGCAAAACUGAAACGAUCCUGGCUCUCUACGGCCCCGGUUCCCGCGAGGUCCGACGCCAGUACCUCAGCCAGACGGACCCACAAUUGCCCUACAGCUCGCACUACGAGCAGGGACAUGUGCGCAUUACUGCCACAUACGACCACCUUGGAUCGACAAUCCAAGCGGAUGGGCACUCUCUGCCCGCCAUACGGCGUCGCAGAGAGCUGGCACGAGAGCUCUAUAGGCCCCUCAAAGCGAGAGUCCUGCGCAACCCGGCUCUGACACGGGAGGAAAAGAUUGACCUCCUCCGCAGCCGGGUGAUCCCCCGCAUGAUGUACGGCUCAGGGCUAUGGAGUGUCACGACCCGACAAGAAGAAGAGACCUUGGAAGGGGCCAUCAACGGCUUUUACCGGGGCUCUUUCCAGCCCAUCUUUGGCAUCAAAAGUCAGGGCUACUCCAGCCUUGAACUAGCAAGCGCGCUCCGCAUGCCCACGCCUGCUGAGCUCCUGGCAGUCGAGCGCUUACGAGCGGCAACACAACUUGCCCGCAGCGACAUGAUCCUUGUGCUAGAAGAGCUCUCCCAUGAUGACAAAUGGUGGCCAGCCGUCACCCAUGCUGCCUCUGAGAUCGGUCUUCUGCCUCCUGGCGAAAAGACCUUUCCACAGAUUGUUGAACAUCUGCGGGCUCCACAUGCCAUCACUAAGGCAGCCUGUCGACGUUUCAUCCGUCAGCGCAUAGAGGGCAGGCGAGUGUCAUGGGACGACCUCAAGCAAAGGGAACCGUGUGACACGGUAUCCAUAACCGCCGCCUCCGGCCAGACCUUGCCAUGGCAAUGCGAGAAGUGCCCAUCCGCGUUUGCCGACUACCGCAGGCUGGCGGUGCAUGCCGCCACCAAACACGGCCAACGUGCGCUCCAUGCAGUUAGCGCCAUCGGGUCAAGGUGCGAAGUCUGUACAGGUGAAUACUGGACUCGACAAAGACUCGCGGAACACCUCCGCAGGAGUCCUCGAUGUCUCAGAGUUUACGCAGAAGCGGAGAUCCAGGACGUGCCAGAAGUGCAUCAACCGGGCAGCGGCGCAUGGCGCCCCUGCACUAUCUCGCACGGCCCCAGGCCGUGGUGGGCGACGCUCAACCCUUGA